AUGGCCGAAAGAAUUGAUCUAGGGGAAUCAACCAACAAGAAAAAUCGAGGGUUAUAGCUAUACCUGUAGUGGAAAUAGUCUGCGUCCUGUGAGAAGACAUGGGAGCCGAACUCACUCUUUCUCCUCAUUCUUUGCCAGCCAUUUCCUUCGAUGACUUACUAUCGUGUCACGGUUCGCCUCGGCGAAUGAGAUCGCCUCAUUAAGCGCCGGCCAUGCAAGUCCAUCACGAUAGGCUUCCGGCUAUCAAGUCAUCCCCACUUAUCUAGCAGGCUUCACUGUUCAGCGAUCAAAGUAUGAAAGGAACUCCUCGGUCGGAGUUAUCGAUCUGAGAGGUCGUCUUUUCCCUCUAUCUCCCUCUCUUCCGGCCAUGUCCUUAGACGGCUCACUAUGGGCACGCUGAAAUUGACCCUGCCCAGCUCUCCUUCAGUCCAGGUAUUUAAAAGAAACCGGCAGAGAAAGUUACUUUAUACGGGGCUAUCAUUGGUUUUUCUCCUCGUGUUGUGGGGUACCUUAUUCAUAAGUUCUGGUGGACGGUAUGCUGGGGUGCAGAGACUCGGUUCAUCAGACAGAUUGAGUUUGGACACAAUCAAGAAUGAAACAUUAGGGUUCGAAAGGAUAUUUUGUAUCAAUCUUCCCAGUCGACCUGAUAAACGGGAUGCAAUCACACUAGGCUCAUCAGUCACGCAGUUCCGCGUGGACUGGAUCGAUGGCGUAUCUUCCGAGGAUAUGAGCCCAAAGGCUUAUCCACCACGAUACGAUGAACCCGAUAGACCUCGCAUGUUAGCCGGUGAAAUCGGGAGCUGGCGAGCUCACCUGAACGCAAUGCAACGUAUCGUCUCAGAGCGCAUAUCCAGCGCCCUAAUCCUCGAAGACGACGUCGACUGGGACGUGACACUAAAGAACCAACUACAAGAAUUCGCGCUGGGAACCCUCGCUCUCCAAGCCGAAUCCCACCCCAAGACCACACCCUAUGGCGACGAGUGGGACAUCCUCUGGCUCGGCCACUGCGGGACGAAAUGCCAAAAGAACAUCCCUUUCUACAUACUGAAGAACGAUCCAACAUCUAUCCCCGUCUACGGCCUCCCACAAUACUGGGCCGGUCCAGCCGUCCACGAACUCGUCGACAACAUCAAACACAACCGCAUUAUCUGCAAGACGUCAUUGGCAGUCUGCUCCAGCGCAUAUGCAGUAUCGUUCAACGCAGCACAGAAAAUCCUCGCUGCGUUAUCUGUCUUACCCGAUGAUGAGAGCAUGCCGCCUGGUCAGAGCGUCGUGUAUGAUGUUAUGUUAGGGAGAUUGUGCGAGAGUGGGUACUUGAGGUGUAUUUCGUCGCAUCCUUCGCUUUUUGGCAACUGGAAGGGCGCGGGUUUGCCUUCUAAAGCGUCGGAUAUUCAAUAUAAGUAUGAUGGACCGAGGGAGCAGAAGACGUUUGAAGGGGCGAGUUUCCAGGGGUUGGUUUAUAGUACCAUGUAUAAUUUGGGGACUUUGCUCGACGGGGAGAGGGUGGUGGUGUCCAAUGUUAAUGAUGUUAUGAAGCCGAAGUUGGAUCUUACGAAAGUGAGAAGGGUGGAGGGUGGGCUGCAUGUGUUAGAUUAUGAGGAGAUGGUUUUGAGUCGUGUAGGAUAGUUAAACAUAUUGAGAUAUCUCUUCAAAACAAUGAUGC